AUGAGGCACAUGGGCUUGCAACUCCUGAAGGUUUUAUUAAUUCUCGUGUCUCAUGUGGUUUGGGCAAAAGGAAUCCUGAAGAGCAAUCCCACCUUGAACAUUGCCGUGAUCCUCGGUGGCACAUCCUGCGAGAUGGACAUCAAAGAUGUUUUGAACAAAGAUGAUUUCCAACAUCUGCCCAUCGAUCCCAACGUGGUACAGGUAACGGUCAACGAGACCGACCCCAAAAGCAUCAUAACACGCGUGUGCGAUCUCAUGUCCGGGAUGAAGAUGCACGGCGUGGUUUUUGGUGACGACACUGAUCACGAGUCCAUUGCAGAAAUUUUGGAUUUUAUUUCCGCUCAGACUAUGAUCCCAAUUCUUGGAAUACACGGCGGCUCCUCGAUGAUAAUGGCAGACAAGGAUGACUCAUCGAUGUUCUUCCAAUUUGGUCCAUCCAUCGAGCAGCAAGCCUCAGUAAUGCUGAACGUUAUGGAGGAGUACGACUGGUAUAUUUUUUCCAUUGUAACAAGUUACUUCCCUGGGUACCAGGAGUUUAUCAAUAAGAUCCGAAGCACCAUUGAGAACAGUUUUGUCGGCUGGGAGAUGGAGGAGGUCAUGUCACUGGACAUUUCAAUGGAUGACGGUGAGUCCAAGAUCCAGAACCAGCUGAAGAAGCUUCAGAGCCCAGUUAUCCUCUUGUUUUGCACUAAGGAUGAGGCCACUUACAUUUUCGAAGUGGCUGAGUCUGUCGGCCUCACGGGCUAUGGUUAUAUCUGGAUUGUGCCAAGUACGGUCACCGGGAAUACAGACAUCAUCCUACCAGAGUUCCCAACGGGAUUAAUUUCUGUUUCCUAUGAUGAGUGGGAUUACGGACUCCCAGCCAGGGUCAGGGAUGGAGUUGCCAUCAUCACCACAGCAGCUUCAACCAUGCUGGCUGAACGCAAGGAAAUCAUGGAACCCAAAACCAGCUGCUACAGUGUGCAGGAAAGAAGGGCUCAUCAAUUCCACAUGCUGUACAGAUACCUUAUGAAUGUAAGUUUUGAGGGAAGGAACCUUUCCUUCAGUGAAGACGGGUACCAGAUGCACCCCAAAUUAGUAAUCAUCUUACUGAACAAAGAACGACUAUGGGAGAAGGUUGGGAAGUGGGAGGCGAAGAGGCUGACCAUGAAGUAUCACGUCUGGCCCCGGUACUACUUGUUCUCAGAGUCGGAGGAGGAGGACGACCACUUGAGCAUCGUCACGUUGGAGGAGGCUCCCUUUGUCAUUGUGGAGGACGUCGACUCGCUGAGCGGGACCUGCAUGAGGAACACCGUACCCUGCAGGAAGCAAGUGAAACCCAUUAAUGACACAGAAGGAGGGAUGUACAUCAAGCGAUGCUGUAAGGGAUUUUGCAUCGAUAUCUUGAAGAAAAUUGCAAAGUAUGUGAAGUUCACAUACGAUUUAUAUCUGGUGACAAAUGGAAAGCACGGGAAGAAGAUUAACGGGACUUGGAAUGGACUGGUCGGAGAGGUUGUACGGAAGCAGGCACACAUGGCUGUGGGCUCCCUGACUAUUAAUGAAGAACGAUCGGAGGUGAUAGACUUCUCAGUCCCUUUCAUAGAGACUGGAAUCAGUGUUAUGGUGUCACGGAGCAAUGGAACUGUAUCACCUUCUGCAUUUCUGGAACCGUUCAGUGCAGACGUCUGGGUGAUGAUGUUCGUGAUGCUUCUGAUUGUCUCGGCUGUCGCAGUUUUUGUGUUUGAGUACUUCAGCCCUGUGGGAUAUAACCGAUGCUUGGCUGAUGGAAGGGAACCAGGAGGUCCUUCCUUCACCAUUGGCAAAGCCAUCUGGCUGCUCUGGGGCCUCGUUUUCAAUAACUCAGUGCCAGUCCAGAACCCGAAGGGGACCACGAGUAAGAUUAUGGUGUCAGUCUGGGCCUUCUUUGCUGUGAUCUUCUUGGCCAGUUACACAGCCAACCUCGCUGCAUUCAUGAUCCAAGAGGAAUAUGUGGACCAAGUAUCAGGCCUCAGCGAUAAGAAGUUCCAGAGACCAAAUGACUUUUCUCCUCCCUUUCGGUUUGGGACAGUUCCCAAUGGAAGCACAGAAAGAAACAUCCGUAACAAUUACCUCGAAAUGCACACCUACAUGACUAAGUACAAUCAGAAAUCAGUGCUGGACGCAUUAAUAAGCUUGAAGGCCGGGAAGUUGGAUGCUUUCAUUUACGAUGCGGCUGUACUGAAUUACAUGGCCGGGAGGGACGAAGGCUGCAAGUUGGUAACCAUCGGCAGCGGCAAGGUGUUUGCCACCACCGGCUACGGAAUUGCCAUCCAGAAGAAUAGUGGCUGGAAGCGGGCGGUGGAUCUUGCCAUUCUGCAGCUUUUUGGCGACGGAGACAUGGAGGAGCUGGAAGCCCUCUGGUUGACUGGCAUCUGUCACAAUGAGAAGAACGAGGUGAUGAGCAGCCAGCUGGACGUUGACAACAUGGCGGGUGUGUUCUACAUGUUGGGCGCUGCGAUGACACUGAGCCUCCUUACCUUCAUCUGCGAGCACCUCUUCUAUUGGCAGCUACGACAUUGCUUCAUAGGAACCUGCACUGGCAAACCCGGCCUCAUGUUCUCAGUCAGCAGGGGUAUAUACAGCUGCAUUCACGGUGUUCCCAUCGAGGACAAGCAGUCGUGCAUGGACUCUCCCACUGCCACAGUGAACGACACUCAUUCCAACAUCAUGCGGCUCCUGAGGACAGCGAAGAGCAUGGCCAACCUCACCGGGGUCAAUGGCACGCACUUCGGCUCGCCCCAGAGCGCGCUGGACUUCAUCGGCCACGACCCGUCCGUCUUCGAUGUGUCCGAGCACCGAAGGAGCUUCACCCACUCGGACUGCAAGUCCUACCAGCCUGACGACAACCUCUUCAGUGACUACAUCAGCGAGGUGGAGAGGACGUUUGGAAACCUCCACGCCAAGGACACCAACAGCAUUUACCAGGACCAUUACCACCACCACCGGCCACACAGCAUCGCCAGCACCAGCUCCUUGGACAUCCCCUACGAGUGCGACAACGCCAUGUUCGGCACCCAAGGCAGAACCCUGCCCAGGAAGCCCUUUGAGAUUGGUUUGCCCCUGAAGCACGCUCAGGGUCACCUCAGUGACAGCUACGAAAACCACAAGUGGUUCAAGAAUGACCGCUACGCCCACGACGACCUCAUCCGCUCCGACGUUUCGGACAUUUCCACCCACACCGUGACCUACGGCAACAUUGGCAACACCAAGCGGCGCAAGCAGUACAAGGACAGCCUGAAGAAGAGGCCGGCCUCCGCCAAGUCCCGCAAGGAGUUUGAUGAGAUCGAGCUGGCCUACCGGCGCAGGGCGCACACCGCCGACCGUAAGGGCCGCUUCUUCAACAAGGACAAGCUGCGCGACCUGUACCAUGACCAGUUCCGCUGCGCCAAGGACAACCAGGCCCGCUGGCAGCACGUCGACCUGACCGAGUUGUACCAGGGCCACGGUGGUGGGGGUGGGGGCGGGGGCGGCGGCGACGACGACUUCGGGAAGCACGAGGUGCCGCGCCUGGGCAGGCCGCACCACCUGCACCUGGCCGAGUUCGGGCCUGGGCCCGUCCAGCCCCAGGGCAGCCUGUGGGACAAGGCGGAGUGGGCCGGGCAGCAGGCCGAGGCCUACUGCCGCAACUGCCCGGCCAAGCUGCACAACUACAGUGGGCAGGGGGUGGGCAGGGGCGCCUGCCACUGGUGCGAGGCCUGCAAGAAGGCGGCCACGCUGUACGACAUCAGUGAGGACAACUCGCUGCAGGAGGCCGAGCACUCGAGCGCCGCCGGCCUAGCCAAGUACCAGAGCCCCAGCGACUCGGCCAAGCUGGCGAGGCGAGGCCGCAACAAGCUGCGGCGGCAGCACUCCUACGACACCUUCGUGGAUCUGCAGAAGGAGGAGAGCGUGGCCAUGGCGCCGCGCAGCGUCAGCCUCAAGGAGAAGGACCGCUUCCCCGAGGGCAGCCCCUACGCCCACAUGUUUGAGGCGUCGGCCGAGGCCCCCUUCGGCAGCAAGGCCCCGGCGGCCGAGCACCGCAGCCUGAGCCGCUACCCGCUCAGCAAGUCCCUUUACCCCGACCGCGUCACCCAGAAUCCCUUCAUCCCCACCUUCGGCGAUGACCAGUGCCUGCUGCACGGCACCAAGUCGCACUUCAAGCACCCGGCCAUCUCCAAGGGCCGGGCCCCAGCCUCGGCCGUGCUGGGCACCAGGUUCGCAAAGGACAUGUGCCUGGGCGGCCAGACAGCAGUGUGCAUGGCCAACAAUAAGACUGCCAGACCCUUCAAUGGCUCCAGCAACGGACACGUGUAUGAGAAACUGUCCAGCAUCGAGUCGGACGUCUGA